GCAGGUUCCGCCUGGGCUCGUCAUUCAGCCGCCCCGGGCCUGACGCUGCUGCCGGCCUUCUUCCGCGCCGCGGGACCCUCCCCCGUUUUCUCCCGCCGUGCCGCCAGCCGGCGCAAGCGGCGACCGCGCUCCCGCCCCGGCUCCUCGGCUGGCUCCGGUUGCCCUCCCCGCCCCUUCCUCCCCCCCUUCCUCCCCGCCCCGGCUCCCUCUCCCACCGGCCGGGCCCCGGAGCGCCGCUGUCGGGGUGUGAGCGGGGCCCGGCGCCGUGUUGGGCCGUCCCCUCGCCGGCGGGGCCAUGGCCGCCAGCGCCAAGCGGAAGCAGGAGGAGAAGCACCUGAAGCUGCUGCGGGAGAUGAGCAGCCUCCCGCCCAACCGCAAGUGCUUCGACUGCGACCAGCGCGGCCCCACCUACACCGACAUGACGGUGGGCAGCUUCGUGUGCACCUCCUGCUCCGGCAUCCUACGGGGCUUGAAUCCACCUCACAGAGUGAAGUCCAUUUCAAUGACUACUUUCACACAACAGGAAAUAGAAUUUCUGCAGAAACAUGGAAAUGAAGUGUGCAAACAGAUUUGGCUAGGCCUGUUUGAUGACAGAUCAUCAGCUAUUCCAGACUUCAGGGAUCCACAGAAAGUAAAGGAAUUUCUACAGGAAAAAUAUGAAAAGAAAAGAUGGUAUGUUCCUCCAGAGCAAGCAAAGGUGGUGGCAUCAGUCCAUGCAUCCAUAUCUGGGUCUUCUGGUAGUAGUAGAAGCAGCACACCUGAGGUGAAACCUCUCAAAUCUCUCUUGGGAGAAGCUGCACCCACACUGCACUUAAACAAGGGCACACCUAGCCAAUCUCCUGUUGUAGUUCGAUCUCAAGGACAGCAGCAACAGGAAAAGAAACAAUUUGACCUCCUCAGUGACCUUGGCUCAGAUAUUUUUGCUGCUGCUCCUCCUCAGUCAACUGCUAUAGCAAACUUUGCUAAUUUUGCACACUUUAACAGUCAUACAGCGCAGAACUCUGCAAACGCAGGUUUUGCAAACUUUGAUGCAUUUGAACAGUCUAGUGGCUUGAGUAAUUUUGGAGGUUUCCCCACAGCAAGUCAGUCUUCUUUUCAGCCCCAAAACACAGGUGGAAGUGCUGGAUCGGUCAAUGCUAACUUUGCUCACUUUGAUAACUUCCCCAAAUCCUCCAGUGCUGACUUUGGGGCCUUCAAUGCUUCUCAGAGCAACACAACAGCCGCUGCAGCUAGUAAAGCUGCAGCAAAUAAGCCUAAUCUCCAGCCAGCUGACAAAUAUGCAGCUCUUGCAAACUUAGAUAAUAUCUUCAGUGCAGGGCAAGGUGGUGGUGAGCAAGGAAGUGGCUUCAGCACAGUUGUGUCAGCAUCAGCAGGCCCUGCAUUGUCAGCCCCGAAUCAGUCAAGUGCAUCUUCAGACAAGUACGCGGCUCUAGCAGAGCUAGACAGCGUCUUCAGCUCCACAGCAACCUCUAGUAAUGCCUAUACUUCCACCAGUAACGUCAGCAGCAGUGCUUUUGGAACAGUACCCGUGGCUGCUACUGCACAGACACAGCCUGCAUCUUCGAGUGUGCCUGCUCCCUUUGGAGCAACACCUUCCACAAAUCCAUUUGUAGCUGCCCCUGUUGCCCCAGUGGCACAUCCAACAAAUCCAUUCCAGACCAAUAGCCGAGGAGCAACAGGCCUCUCAGGAGCAAUGCACUCUCACAUAUUUCCUCAGGCUCACUUUGCAGCAACAUUUGGUACUGCUUCCAUGAGCAUGCCUGCAGGAUUUGGGACUCCUGCCCCCUACAGUCUUCCUACUAGUUAUAGUGGCAACUUCCAGCAGCCCACGUUUCCAGCCCAGGCAGCUUUCCCUCAACAGACUGCUUUUGCUCAGCAGCCAAACGGAGCAGGUUUUGCUGCAUUUGGCCAGGCAAAGCCUGUAGUAACUCCUUUUGGACAAGUUGCAGCUGUUGGAGUACCUAGUAACCCUUUUAUGGCUGGUGCACCAACGGGACAAUUUCCAACAGGAAGCUCAUCAACCAAUCCUUUCUUAUAGCCUUAUAGACACUUUACCCAAAAGAACUCUUACGUGGUCACAUAACAUCUCUGCGCCUCUUGCACUGUUGUCUCGUUUCACUGAUAUUAGCUUUAAACACAAAAGAAAUCUUUAAGAAGUAAAAAUAAAAGCCUGCAUUGUGUACCUUUAAAAAAUAAAAAAGGACAAAAAAAAAAAAAAAGAUGAAACCUUCUUCACAUAAAAUACACAAACCCCAAGGAAGUCAACCCCCCCCACCAGGUAAUAACGUGCAAACCAGAGGGCUGUGGUAACAUCCUUGAACCUGCCAGCUGGCAGGUGAAGAGUAGCGGUAUCAUGUGUGUUGAAAUUGGCUAAUAAGUUAUUGCAGAUACCACAUUCAUUAUGCUGCAGUACUGUACAUAUUUUUCUUAGAAAAUAGCUAUUUGUGCAUAUCAGUAUUUGUAACUUUAACACAUUGUUAUGUGGAGGAAAAAACAAAUGUUACUGGGAAAUAGAUCAGCCACUUUAAGGUGCUGUUGGAUCUCUUGGAAGGAAUGAACUGCGUCAAUUCUAACCUGUUGGCGUUGGAAGUCACAAAGUUCAACUGAAGGUUUGUUCAUUUCUCAAAACGUUUUCCUUUCCUAAGAGCUCUUCUAUUUAUACAUGCCUAAAUCUCUAAUGUUAGAGGGAUACCUGUCUGCAUAAUAAAGCUGAUCAUGUUUUGCUACAGUUUGCAGGUGAAAAAAAAAUAAAUAUUAGAAAAAGCAA